AUGCAGCUGCAUAAUAAUGUGACUGAGUUCAUUCUGCUUGGGUUGACCCAGGAUCCUUUUAGGAGGAAAGUAGUAUUUGUUGUUUUCUUACUUUUCUACUUGGGGAUCUUGCUGGGUAACUUACUGAUUAUUGUCACCAUCAAGACAAGCCGGGCACUUGGGAGUCCAAUGUACUUCUUCCUUUUCUACUUAUCCUUGUCUGAUACCUGCUUCUGUACUUCCAUAGCCCCUAGAAUGAUUGUAGAUGCCCUUUCAAAGAAGACCACUAUCUCUUUCAAUGAGUGCAUAAUCCAAGUCUUUUCACUCCAUUUCUUUGGCUGCCUGGAGAUCUUCAUCCUUAUCCUCAUGGCCAAUGACCGCUAUGUGGCCAUCUGUAAGCCCCUGCACUAUACAACCAUCAUGAACCGGCGAGUCUGCAGUUUGUUGGUGGCUGGGGCCUGGGUGGGAUCCUGUGUGCAUUCUUUGACUCAGAUUUUUCUGGCCUUAAGUUUAUCUUUCUGUGGUCCCAAUGUGAUUGACCACUAUUUUUGUGACUUGCAGCCUUUGUUGAAACUUGCCUGUGCAGACACCUAUGUGAUCAAUUUAUUAUUGGUGCCCAAUAGUGGGGCCAUUUGCACAGUGAGUUUUGUCAUGUUGAUGUUCUCCUAUGUCAUUAUUUUGCAUUCUCUGAGAAACCACAGUGCUGAAGAGAGGAGAAAAGCCCUCUCCACCUGCAUCUCCCACAUCAUGGUGGUCAUCUUGUUCUUUGUUCCUUGCAUAUUUAUAUAUACACGCCCUGCAACCACCUUCCCCAUGGAUAAGAUGAUAGCUGUGUUUUAUACAAUUGGAACACCUUUGCUCAACCCUCUGAUUUACACACUGAGGAAUGCAGAAGUAAAAAAUGCCAUGAGGAAUUUAUGGAGCAAGACAUUGAUAUCAUAUGACAAAAGAUGA